AUGAACCGCACACUGGGCCUGGGCCUGGUUCUGGCUGGCCUCCUCGCUGUAGAAGGUCUUCUGAAGCCCAACUUUUCUCCAAAGGAUCAUGGAGCUCUGAGCCAGCCCCAAGAGAGGAAGGGCAGGAACACAGCCCAGGAGCUUGCAAGGCGGAAUGCAGACUUUGGCUUCAAGCUGUACAAGAAGCUGGCCUCCACCGGCCGCAGCAAGAACAUCUUCUUCUCCCCCCUGAGCAUUUCUACGGCUUUCUCCAUGCUAUGUCUGGGUGCCGAGGACUCCACACUGGCAGAGAUCAAACACGGCCUCAACUUCAAGAAUGUGCCGGAGAAAGACCUCCAUGAGGGCUUCCAUUACCUCAUCCAGAGGCUGAACCAGGGGAACCAGAAUCUCGAGCUGAGCCUUGGGAACACCUUGUUCAUCGACCAGAGGCUGCAACCGGAGAAGAGAUUUCUCACAGAGGCCAAGAACCUGUACGAUGCAGACACUGUCCCCGCCAACUUCCGGAACUUAGAAAAUACUGAGAAGCAAAUCAAUGACUAUAUCAGUCAGAAAACCCGGGGGAAAAUUAACAACCUGAUCAAUAAUAUAGAUCCUGGCACGGUGAUGGUCCUCAUAAACUGUAUUUUCUUUCGAGCCAAAUGGCAACAUGAAUUUGAUCCAAAAGCAACUAAAGAGAAAGAUUUCAUUCUGGAUGGAAACAAGCCCGUGAAGGUGCCCAUGAUGUUUCGUGGGGGCAUAUAUUCCAUCGGCCAUGAUGACCAGCUCUCCUGCACUGUCCUGGAGAUGCCCUACCAAAACAACAUGACGGCCAUCUUCAUUCUUCCCGAUGAGGGCAAAAUGAAGCAAGUGGAGGAGGCCUUGGGAUUGGACACUUUUGACAGAUGGAAAAAAUUAAUCACGCGCAGGGUUGUAGAUGUGUCCUUGCCCAGGUUCUCCAUCACUGGUACUUACAACCUGAAGAAGACACUCUCCCAUCUGGGUAUCAUCAAAAUCUUUGAGGAGCAUGGCGAUCUUAGCAGGAUUGUCCCUCAUCAAAGCCUCAAAGUGGGACAGGCGGUGCACAAGGCUAAGCUGAAGAUGGACGAGAAGGGCACAGAGGGGGCCGCGGGCUCUGGGAUGCAGACGCUGCCCAUGGAGAGGCCAUUAACCUUCAAGGUGAACAAACCCUUCCUGCUGGCGAUUACAGAGAACAUCACGUCGACCAUCCUCUUCAUAGGAAGGAUUGCUGACCCUGCUGGGACAUAA